AUGCUGCGGAGGGAAUCUGACUCCCACGGCCUGUUUUCCUCCGGAGAGACGUCUGACAAUGACUGUGAGGUGAGGUCAUUUUAUUUUUACCUGUUACAUCGCUGCACACCUUGGGAGUCAGUGGGUGAAAUAAUAAAACUAUGCUUCGAAUCGCAUUUUCUUUUCUGUCCUUGACUAAAAGCUUCACAUGAGUUUGAGCCUGACAGAUAUAUGGUUGGCUGAUUUUGUAGAGCCAAUAAAGACAUAAACAGUAUCAGAUAAUUUUAUAAAGACCUUAUUGCAGUGAGUGGACAGUUAUGAUAUGAUAUGACUCAAUCUGACACAGAACGAUAUGACGUGAUAUGACACAAUACGACACAAAACGAUGGCACAAUACGAUUUGACGCAAUACGGCACGAGAUGACAUGAUAAAAUACGACAUGAAAUGAUAUGAUAUGACAGAAUACUAUAUGACACAACACAAUUUGACGCAAUAAGGCAUGAUAUGACAUGAAGCAACAUGACAUCAUACGAUAUAACAUGAAAUGAUAUGACACGAUAUGACGUGAUGGAUAUGACAUGAUACGACAUGACAUGAUAUGACACGAUAUGACAUGAUAUGAUAUGAUAUGACAUGAUAGAUAUGAUAUGACAUGAUAUGACACGAUAUGACAUGAUAUGACAUGAUACGACAUGACAUGAUAUGACACGAUACGACAUGAUAUCACAUGAUACGACAUGAUAUGACACGAUAUGACACGAUAUGACAUGAUAGAUAUGACAUGACACGAUUUGUCACAAUAUGACUUGAUUCGAUACAAUGUAGUACUGUAUGAUAUGGUUUUAUACUGUAUGGUUCAACAUUUGAUAUUGCUUAUGAAGAGGACUAUUACAAUAUUGAUGCAAGCGCCAGCAAUACAAUAUCAUGACAUAUCAUGUGAUUGAAUAUGAUAAAAUAUGAUACAACAUGAUUCAAUAUGAAGUGAUAUGAUUUCUUGUAUGUCACCCUUAAUAAGGGUUAUGAAAUCUGGACACUGGCCCUUGGUUAAAUAUUUUGCUUUAGAGAUACUCUGUGCCACCCUCACUGUUAAUGCCUUUAUGUUCACACAUACAUUAGAUUUAUACAGUACAUUUAAUUAUGAAUACUGUAACGUGUUUUUAAAGUGACGGUUCAAACUUUUGUGUUUUUUGUCAAGUCCAAAAGAAACAGAUCCAGAUGUACAGAAUGCUUAGACGCCAAAAUGACCAGUCAGUCCGAGAAAUAUUAACGAUUAUUGUUCUUUUGAUCACUCACUCAUUGUAGCUGUAUUUUAUUUUUCAAUACCAAAUCAAAAUCAGCUCUCAUGACUCAGAUGUCCGGCAGUGCCAGUCAUCCGUUCGCCACUUUGGAGCUCUUUACAAUGCAAGUAGGCGGAGAGGGUGAAAAGCCAGGAAUUUAAUCACCCAACCACAAAAGAGGAAAACAUAUAACAAAAACCUCGGCUCAUAAAUGUGAGGACUGAGUUUCUCCGUGACUGUACGUUAUAUAAGUUAGCGUCCAUUAAAGUGACCCCCUCCCCCCCUUUCUGACUUAAGGAAAAAGGUUUAAGAGGCUUCUUCUUCUUCUUCUUCUAAGUCAACAGAUCACAGUUGUUUAUCCUCUCUAUCUUUGUCUCCCUGUCUCAGAUGGGGGCGAGCUGUGGAGAGGUAGAUGUAGUGUGUCUGUGCGAGGCCGGUCCCUGUACACUUUAUUCAGAAGCACACACGCCUACGUCGGUGAGUGCUCAGGCUUCCUACUUAAGUGUCUGUGGCCGGCACUCUGAGUGUUUCUUCCUCUGUUAUCUAAAUGCACGCCUUAAACGUCCCGCUGACCUCCCUCCCUCUCUGUCUGUCUGUCUGUCUGCUCUCUACUGUGAGUUUCAAAGGAACUGUCUGAUUGCUUUUAAAAAUACUUUUAAUUAAGAAUCUAAUUAAGUCUGCUCUGUUCUCAGGACACACCGCUAUGUGAACACUGUGGAAAAAACAAAGUAAUGAUCACCAGGUACUCUGAGGGAUACGGCACUGAGGUAAAGUGUGACGUUCGAGUUCCUUCAGAAAUAGAUAUUUCUGUUGCUUUUAUUUUAGUCGGCGGCUGCAAUUUUUAAGCCUUUUCAAGGUUGCACACCAAGCGAUGACUAACACCCUCAAACUCAGAGACAUUUCUGAAGGAGGACAUUUAGCCUUUUCUCGAGUGCUGCAAAGAGAUUAUAUUUUAAUUUUUAUUUCGUUUUGAUUUGGACGUGAAACAAAAACUACAAAGAAAACUUCAAAGAAACCUUUUAAGGAAUUUUAAAGGAUAUGAUGGAUGAAAGUAAAAGCAUGAAACAGCUUAUAGUUAAAUUUUCAAUUUUGUUUUUAAUUGAACGUAAAACAAUAACUGAAAGAAAACUUAGAACCUUUUAAAGAAUUUUAAAAGACGCAAUGGCAGAAGUACAAUUAAGAGAGAUGAAUGUUUAAGUGUUUGCAACCUGUAAUUGUUUUAUAUGAAAGAAAAGUAAAUGCAUGAAAAAGCUUAUAUUUUCAUUUUUAUUUUGGUUUCAACUAAAUGUAAAAAAAUAACUGUAAAGAAAACUUAAAACCUUUUAAAGAAUUUUAAACAACAUGAUGGCAAAAUUCUAAUCAGCAUCAAAACAGGGGGGGGGGGUUAAUAAUUACUAUUUGAUAGAAAAAUUUAAGCUGUGUACCUGCCAAUAAUUAAAUGUAACGAUACUUUAAGUGUCUGUAACCUUAAAUAGUUUCUUUAGAUAGAAAAAGAGUGAAAGUAUGAAACAGCUUAUAUUUUCUUUCUUUCUUUCUUUCUUUCUUUCUUUUUUGUUUUUAAUUGAGUGCAAUAUCCUGGUUGUUUUUUAAUAAUCUUCACAAUUUUUAUAUUAUAUUUUACUUAAAUUAUGUUUUUAUAUUUUUCUAUUGUGUUAUUUUGUGCUAUAUUAUUGUUAUUUUUUUACUGAUUUUCUUUGCACUGUCUGCGAAAGCUGCUAUUUUUUCAUUUUGUUGCACCUUUUGGUACAAUGAAAAUAAACAAUAAUAAUAAACAAUGAAUAUGAAAAAAACUUUAAAACCUCUUUAAGAAUUUUAAAUGACAUGAUGGGACAAUUAUGAUUAAUAAUUAUUAUUUGAUAGAAAAAUUUAAGCUGUGCACAUGCCAAUUUUAUGUAUUUUCAUCUUUUAUUUUUUUAUGUUUUUGUUUUUAAUUGAACGUGAAACAAUAACUAUAAAAAAAAUUUAAAAACCUUCUUAUGAAUUUUAAAGAAAUGACGGCAAAAUUAUGAUCAGCAUCAAAAUGCUGGAGACCGUCUAAUGAAAUACGGUAAUUAUAAAGCCAGAAAACGAUUCCAACUGUAGACAUUUAAUGAUUAUUAUUUAAUAGAAACAUUUAAGCUGUGAACCUGACAAUAAUUAAGCGUAAAGUGUCAGUAAACUUUGAUUGUUUUUAUAUAGAAAAAAAGUGAAAGUUUGAAACAGCUUGUAUUUUACUUUUAAAUUUUUUGACGUGAAACAAUAACUGUAAAGAAAACUUAAAAAAUUACAUGAUGGCAAAAUUAAGAUCGGCAUCAAAACGCUAGACUGUCAAACAAAGUAAACAGUUUCAGCUGUAGACUUUAAAGAAUUAUGAGAUAGAAAAAAUGAGCAAUAAUUAGGCGUAAUGAUCCUUAAAAUGUCUGUAACCUUUGAUGGUUUUUGUAUUGAAAAAAGUGAAACAAUGAUCCGUAGUUGAGAGCGUUACUGAGUAAAAUCAGGCAUUAAGCCCAUUAGGUGUCUUUGAUCUUAUUAGUCAUUCGCUCUGAUUCAUGCAUUAAAACAACAGUGAUAAUAAAAAAGUGACGCAUGAGUACGCUCACCGAGACAAAUGCAAUCAACAUGAUCUGUUGUUUUCAGUUUACAAAUAGUGAUAGUGAUGAUUCACCGCUGUUUCAUCCACAAAAUAAAAGCCCCUGUAGGGUAAAUGUGGAGGUUGUGUCACUUAAAAGCUUUUGUGUUUUCUUCCAGACAAACAAAUGUGUAAUGAUUGUUAAACUGGAAUUAUUAUUCAGCUCUAGAUUAGUCACGCCGUCUUUAUGCUCACACUUUUAUGCGCUCAUCUUUUCUUUUCAUAUUUUUCGUGCCUCUGCAGGAGGAGUGUGUGCUGUCUGACCCUCAGGGAGAGAGCGAUGCAGACGCUGAUAUAGAAGAUACAGACUGCAGGUUAGAUGUCCACCAUCACAGAGACGUUUACGUACCUUUUAACCUUUGCUGUUUUCUGACCUUGUGCCUUUUAAUCCCAUUGGUCCAGACUCCAGGAGCCGGGGUCUCUCCAGCGAAUCAGCUCGCGAAGGCGCAAGCGGCCUAGGGUAGCGAGGCAAGACACCACGGAGAGCGAGGACGACGGUGGGCGGAGCCACAGGUCACACCGCUGGAACCUCAGGCUCAGUCCUGACAGAGCGCACAGCAGGACCAUCCUGGAGGUAGACAACACAAGACAGUCUUCAGCAUCUUUGGUCUUAAUCAUGGAGGUUUUUCAAAAGUGGAAAAUGUGCUUAUGUGGAACACCAAAGCUGAGGCAGGGAGAGCAUCAGCAAAGACAAGAUGGGGAAGCAGUUUGAGUGCCCAUUCUGACGUUAACCAUCCAGCUAAGAGAAAGGUCAUUGGCUUAUAAAGACUGGAGUUAGAGUCACUGAAGUACUGUGGGCUCAGCUCGCCUGAACUAGCACCUUGAUCAAUUUUGGAAGACAAGAUCAAUACGUUUACAUGAGGGCCUUAUUCCGAUUAAGACCGGACAAUUAAAGUGCAUGUAAACACGUUAGUCUGUCUAUAAUCGGAGUUUGAGAACUCCAAUUGGAGUCGGAGAAUUUGGCUUAAGGCAUCCAGAUUCUGACAUCAGCCAAUCAGCUACGAGGAAGGUCAUUGCCUGAUUAAGACUGGCGUUAGAGUCACUGAAGUACUGUGGGCUCAGCUUGCCUGAACUAGCACCUCGCUCAAUUUUGUAAGACACAAUCAGUACGUUUACAUGACACUUAAGAAAACCGAAUUAUUGCCUUAUUCCGAUGAAGACCGGACAACUGAAGUGCAUGUAAACACCUUAGUCUGUCUAUAAUCAGAGUUUGAGAACUGUGAUUGGAGUCUGAGAAUUCCGAUUAAGACACACCCAGAUUAUGCGAUCGGAAUUCGAUUUUCUCUACCAUGUAACCAGUGUAGUCAGAGUUUGUAACUCCGGAACAAAAACACCAGAGAAGAGGAGUGGCAUGCAUCUCAUCUGCAGAAAAAGUAGCGCGUACAUCAUGUACGACAAAAACAACGCUGUACGAUGCUCCAUCUUCUUGCUCCAAAAUGCCCAGCAGCAGUUGUAGACACUUCUGACGUCUGGCACGGACCUGCUUUUGUUGUUGUUGACAGUUGUAUGGGGUCGGAAACAGCGCUGCACAUAUCGCCCCCUAGAGGAGGACACGUUUACAUCAAUAAUUUAAUUUUCUCAGCUUGCAUGUAUACGCGGACAAGGAGAGAAGUCGGAUUCAGCGAAAAAAAAUGAGAAAAUUAUGAGAUUAGUCCGAUUAAGCUGUGUAUGUAAACGCACCUUGUCUGUGUUAACCUCUGCUCAGUUCUUGGUUAGAUUUCCCGUUCAGAAGGAGAACUCGCUCUUCUUCUUCACGCUCAGUCGUCUAUGUUUCCCGAAUCUGUAUAGAGACACUCGCUGUGCAUGAGCACAGUGUCCUUUUAUAGUGUCUGACGUGACAGACUGAUUAUACACUAUCACCACCUACUGGUCUGGCACACUUGAGCAGCUUGAACCAUUUCUGUGCUGUUGUGGUGAACGGGUUAUUUUUGGAAAUGGAGGAGAAAAACCUCCAAGGCUGAAACUUAAGCAGACAAGAGGCUUAAUUUCACUAAAUACUCAGAUUUUGGGUUCAUUAUGAAAUGUGACAUUUCUUCUCGUUUUCUUUUCAGGAGAGCAUAUCACAAGUCCGGCCUCUGGUCAUCUGCCGCCCGAGCUCGGAGAGGCAAAAGAGCCUGACUGAUCUCCCUCAAGACUCCGGACGUCUGAUGUCUCUGUGGCCUCCGUCUCUCUCUCUCCCUCUCAUCCUCCUUCUGUCCCUGCCUCUCUCUCUCUCCCUCGUCAUCCUCAUCGUCUCUUUCUUUCUACCCUGGGCUACAAGCGCUUGA